ACUUUUCAGAUUUGGUUGGUUGCUCUUGUUGCUUUCUACGUACUAGAAAAGGCUACUAUUUUUAUUUACAAAAUUUAUUCAAUUAAUAGCAACAAUAAAAACCUGUGUAAUUAACGAUUUCAUAUUGUGAAAAAUAACAUUAAUAUUAUAGUUUUAUGCCAACGUGGCAAAUUCUAAAUAAAUAAACCUCAUUUCCAAAUGCCUUUACAAGCUGAAGUCCCAGAAACUACAGUCCGAUCAAAGCGACCUUCAGAUUCAGCAUUCAAACAGCAACGCCUUCCUGCUUGGCAGCCUGUUCUUACCGCUGGGACUGUCUUACCCACCUUCUUUAUUAUUGGAAUAGCAUUUAUUCCCAUUGGCAUAGCACUUACAUAUUUUUCUGAUAAAGUUUGUGAACAAGUGGUUGAUUAUACGUACUGUAUUAAGAACUAUGAAACCAAUUUAACAUGUGCAGAUUAUUUAACUUCAAAUCCAAGUGGGUCGUGUGAAUGUUCAAUCGAUUUCACACUUAAUAAAGACUUUACGGGCAAUGUUUAUAUGUACUAUGGACUGACGAACUAUUACCAAAAUCAUCGAAGGUAUGUGAAAUCCCGUGAUGAUGAUCAGCUUCUAGGUCGUUUAAAUCAGCAACCAUCAACUGAUUGCGCACCAUUUAGUUAUAAUGGGACUAAACCAAUUGCUCCAUGUGGGGCUAUUGCUAAUUCAUUAUUUAAUGAUACUCUUGAACUAUACUUUGGAAUGAAUGAAGUAAAACUUCUUAAUACUGGCAUCGCUUGGCCCUCAGAUAAACAGAUCAAGUUUAGAAAUCCCGAAGGCAGUCUUCCAAAUGCUUUGGAAGGUUAUUCAAAACCACUAGCUUGGCAAAAGGAGCUUUGGCAGUUGGAUCCAAAAAAUCCAGAUAAUAAUGGAUUCCAGAAUGAAGAUUUAAUUGUUUGGAUGCGAACUGCUGCUCUACCGAGUUUUCGUAAAUUAUAUCGACGUGUGGAUCAUACUAAACCUUAUUUCAUGGAUGGCCUCAAGCGUGGCAAUUACACUCUUAAAGUCACUUAUCAAUAUCCUGUAACAGCAUUCAGUGGUACCAAAAAGAUGAUCUUAUCAACAACAUCACUCAUGGGCGGGAAAAAUCCCUUCUUAGGAAUCACAUAUAUUGUGGUUGGAUCUAUAUGCCUUAUUGCUGGAAUUGUUCUUCUCUUUAUCCACAUCAAGUGUAGUAAAAGUACCACGGAAAUGAUAAAUGUAAACCCUAGAACACCAUAUUCUUAGGUUAACCGACGUCAAUUAUUUAUCUUUAUUAAAAAAUAAGUCCAAAGAACAGUGGCUAGCAUUUUGUUAGCGUUCCACAGUUAAUUUUACUACACAUAAUGUAUUAUUUAUUUUCGUAUUUUGUUUCACUCGUAUAAAAUUGAAAGUUUAUCUUACUAUUUUUUUUUUGUUCAUAUUUUUUUUAUCAGCAAGAACAAAAAAAAAAAACAUCGUUAUAUUUUUUGUUUCCAUAUCUCAAGCUUAUGUGAUACACAAAAAUUAUGUAUGUACAGUGCUGUUCACUUGGUUGAAAGCAAAUUCUUUAUUGCAAUGAUCAUUUUAAUACAUCCAUCGAAGAACAAAAUGGUUUUAUGUCCAUUUCGAUCAAAGGUAUUGGGAUGAACAAAACAUAUUUAGUGAAACUGUUAGGAAAUGUUGUUUAUAAAUAAGAAUAAUUUUGACCAACUUUUAUAAGCUACUAAUUACCAUGAUGAUGUUUAAAACAAAACAGUUCAUUAAAAAUCUUGAUGUCGUUGAAAAAAAUAUGUAUCAGCAAAUAUGGCAAAUGGAAUGGAACAAACAAAUAAUUCUAGUAGAGUUUCUUACAAAAUAAAAAUCAGGGCUUUUUUAAAAACGCAUUGAUACCAAGUGGAUCUCACUGUGUAUUCGUGGGUGUUAUUUCAUUAUGUAGAUAUUGCACAUACAGAAAAUCUAUUAAUAAAAAUUAUUACAAAACGUA